GGGAACUACUUUUAGAAAGGGCGCGCCAUGGACACGGUCGCGACGACGCUGCCCGUCCUUGCGCCGCGGUCCACAUCACCCACCAAGCCGCGGGCCCUCGUGCGCAUGCAGACGCUACCUGUGUUUCAGCUGAGCCCGAAAGUGGUGGCACCGGGUAGUGGCGCCAAAGACACCAACUCCGGCUUCAAGAAGCGCGUCGAGCUCACAAAGGCGCGCCGCAUCAGCUUCGGUGCGUGGAGCGCCAAGGUCGCGGCCCGCGUACCCACGUUCGAGAUUGAAGAGCAGCUGCUCGCGGCCCCGACCAACGUCGCGUUGCGCAUCGACUUGGGCUACCGGUACGCCGAGCAGGAAGGCUCGAAAUUCUGGGCGAUCGUGCUCCUGGAGCAAGUGAGUUUGAUGCACGACGAGCGGGGCGGAUGGCGCUUCUACCAAGUGCUCGGCCACGCCCACUACCAUCUCAUGAUGCGCCAUCCGCGGCCGCACCACUGCUGCGUCUUCCAUCUGCACCAAGCGACCGAGACGUACACGCUCGCCAUGUCGUUUCUAGAAAACAUGGGCGACGUGCCCCUCAUCAUCAACUUUGCGACCGCGCUCUUCAUGCAAGGCGUGAAGGAGCGACCGCUUGAGAUGCUCGCGACCGUCAACCUCCACCACGGCAUCCAGUUUGGUCUCCUCGACAACCAAAUCUACGUCGACCGACUGUUUACCCAUUUCCAGAUCCUUGCCGCCAACGACCGACUCGGUGACGCUCUCAACGUGCUCUUUAAAAUCAAGCAGUUGCAUGCGCGGCCGACCGGGUACGCGGCGCUAGAUUUUGACCUGGUCCGCGCACGCUGCCUCCAGCUGCAAGGCGACCUCCUCGGCUCGUCCGAGCUCUUUUCGCGCAUCUUGCUCGACUUGUUUGGGCCUGCGACCAACUACGCCGACGAACUGUACGCGAGCAUGUGGCACAAGCUCUGCAGUCUCUGCCUCCGACGCGGACAUUUGUUUUUGGCCAUCGACUAUGCGACACUCGCACUGACGUACGCCAAAGCCGCCAAACUGCGCGCGACCUUGUACUACAUUCGCGGCGUCUCGCACUACUGCCUCCACAAUGUCAACGCGGCCGAAGACGACUACCGCCGCGGACGCAACUCGUCCCACGAGAUCAAACCCAUGUAUACGCUCCACGAGCUCAAACGCGCAUACAAGGACGACUUUGCCCUAUUGCUCUCGACGUCAAUUCCCGAUAUUGUCGCGUCCGGUCGGCGCGGACUCGGAAAAACCACAGCCACGCUCAAGGUCCAGCGGCAAUUCCGCCAGUUUUUGCAUCGAAAACACCACGGCGCCGACCCGCACACCCUCACGCGGCGGCUUCUCGCCAAACAGUCGACGCUCAAGACAAUCCGUCUUCAAGAGACGCCUGUUCUUGUCGAGGAGCCGGCGCUGCCACAUCUUGAUGACAUCGACGUCGCGCCGCCCACGCGAAAGCAUAUCGACACGAUCGCGUCGCUCAAGCUCUUGCAUGCAGAAACCGUGCGGCUCAAGCCGUACCUUCCGCAUGCGGCCCCGCGCCAAUUCAAAGGGCCGGCCAAGUGCGUUGGCCCGGCGCCACGCAACUUUUUGUCACCCGACUUUGACCGCCCGGACGCGCGCCGCCUGCGAUCGCUCACGUCGUACCGCCGGCUGGGCUACUCGAACGGCGACGUCUCGUACGUGCAGCACUGGCGCGCGCUCCUCGACGUCGGCCUCGAGCUCUUUGCGAGCCCGACAGCGCUGGCGAGAAGCGUAACCCAUGUCCGCACCUUCCACCCGACGCUCGACGAAGCCGUUGCGAUCUGCGCACUCGUCGACAGCGACGGAAGCGUCGACGAAGCCUGCGGCAAGCUCAGUGACGCGGCGUACACCACCGAGCUGCAGUCGCUCGUCGUCGUUCUGGACGUGACGAGCUUUGUCGCGCGGCGGUGGCGGCACGUUGGCUCGACCAACGACACGACGGACAAGGACAAGGACGAUGACGAGCAACCACUGUUUGCGGUCCCCGAGAUUGACGCAGUGACGGGCAAAUUCCUUGUCCAUGACGUCCGGACACUAGUGCUGUCACCGGCGCCGGUGGCCGCGUCGGUACCACACCGCAAUGUAUUUGAGCGCGUGACGAGCCCCGUGUCCAAGCACGAUAGCUUCCGCCCAUUGCAUAUCAUUGACGACCACGUGACGGCGGCGCGUCACGAGCGACGCACCAAGCAAGACAUUGUCGUCUUCAAGUAACUAUCUUUUUAAAGAAACAGUGUUUCAUGGAAACAAAGUUUGACGGAAA